AUGCCUCUAAGAGCAAAUUUUGGAGAACAGUCAGAUGGGAAGGCGUUGACACACCUGAGCUUUUCGCCUCAAGUGCACCGGAAGAAACGCGGUCCCAAGAAGAAGCCGCUCACGAAGGAACGCGAGGACCGCAUGCGGAACCGUCGGGCGCGCGCGAACGACCGCGAGCGCAACCGCAUGCACGGCCUCAACAGGGCCUUGGAGGCGCUGCGCGAGCGAGUUCCGGUGUUCUCGGCGAACCAGCGUCUGAGCAAAAUCGAGACCCUCCGGCUGGCCAAAAACUACAUCCGUGCCCUCACCGACAUACUGGAGAGCAGCGAGGCUGGCGAGCAGCCCGACUCCCUGAAGAUGGCCCUCACUCUGACCGACGGCCUCUCGCAGAACACCACGAACCUCGUCGCCGGAUCGCUGAAGGUCAGUCCGAGGAUACUGCUCCAGAUGCAGAAACGAAACAGCUCAAUCAUGCACGCUCUGCCCUCCACAUCUCACGACCAUCCUGAUGACAAUCAGCAUCACCAUCACCACCACGAGCCACAUCAGCACCAGCAACAGGAAACACAGCAAACCGGUGAUUACUACUGCCCACCUGGAAUGUCCUACGGGUUCCCCCAAGUCCAACAGACGGUCUACUCACUGACCGACUGUCGAUUCCUAACGGAGUAUCACUCCUCGGCAGAACAACCAUAUCAUUCCAAGUCCAACUGCUUUGUGUCUCCUCUCAGUGUGUACUCAUCGUUGUCACUAGCCCUGUGCGGAAGUGCUAACAAGUCUCGUUCCGAGCUACUUUCAGCCCUCCAUGUGAAAAAUGCCGCGGACUUUGACGCAACUGUCGCGUCUUUGGGCAGUGCCCUGCUAAGCGUGCCAGACGGCGACCCAGGACGGACCCUCGUGCUUGCCAACGGUCUCUUCGUGGACAAAGCGUUCAGCAUGAAGAAGUGUUUCACAGAGGCCCUUGAGCACAACUUCAAGGUCAAGGCACAAGAGGUCAACUUCGUGUCAGCCUCUGAAGCUGCCAGACACGCCAUCAAUAAGUGGGUAGCAGAUAAUACAUGUCAGAAGAUAGCCGAACUGAUGCCACCCGAUUCUAUUGACAGCCAAACGCGUCUCGUGUUGGCAAACGCCAUCUACUUCAAAGGCACAUGGAAGACCGUUUUUCAUCGGGAUAUGACCUGUGGUUGGCCAUUUUACACGCUUAACGGCGAAGAAAUCAAUGUUCCGAUGAUGGGAGACACUGCAGCGUACCCGUUUGCAGAAUUCCCGGAACUUAAGGCAUCCGGCUUGAAAAUCCCUUUCAAAGCGUAA